AUGCAGCUGGAUCAAAGAACCAGGCUGAAGAAUAAUGAAGUCGGGCACUCGAUCGGGCCAAUUCUGUGCAGCCUAUUUAGAGAUCGAGAUGCAAGGGGGGAACAAAAAACAGGCAAGAGCAAGAGCCAUGAAGAUGAUAGUCCCAAAGAGAGAGAGCACAGGAAAGGUGCAUACACAGGCAAUCCGCAGACCGCAUAUCAGGAAGGAGAUGAUGGAGGCACAGCACAGACGAACAUUCUGAAUGAAUCUUGGAACACAGCGCAGGCGGCCAAGGCCAAGGCCAUGAGCACAGCAAGCAACACCACGUACGUACCUGGUACCCGGUUCGUCCGCGGCGAUCGAGGACUGAAGCACUACGGUGGUCGACGCGAACAGGUCGAUCGGAUAGCGGAGAAGCAUGCAGCCUCUGGAUCUCUGCGUCCGCGCCGUCGGCUGAAGGAAGGUGCCAAGAGGAGAAGAGGGAGGGAGGUGAAAGAGUAG